AUGCAGUUCACCACCAUCACCGCUCUCACCAUGACCCUCGCUUUGGCUCUCCCUGCCAUUGCCGCCCCGAGUGCUAACCCCGUUGCUGCCCCCGUUGAGGUCACGGAUAUCACUCCCCGUGGAACUAUCAAUGAAGCUGAAGUCUUCGCCUUCACCCCCCUAGCCUCUUGCUCCAUCCUCUCCUGCAUCUCCGUCAUUUCGCAGGCCGUCUGCAUCACCGACGCCAUCGAGGCUGAUGAUUAUUCUGGCAUCCUUAAGUGCGCUAAGAAGAAGGAGUUGUGCGGCUGCGCUGGUUGCUUCAAGAAGUUAAAUGGUUUCUUGGAGAAGUGGGGGAUCUGCUAA